AUGGCGUCGGCCGACACGGAGCGUAAGCGAAAACAGCAUGAUGCGGAGGAGAGCGACGAGACGGCGGCAGCAGAGGAGGAUGAGGAAGAGCGCUGGGUCGGGCCGCUCCCAGGAGAGGCCGCGCAGACGAAAAAGAGAAGAGUUCUUGAAUUUGAACACAUUUACCUUGAAAAUCUACCAUGUGCUUCGAUGUAUGAACGCAGUUACAUGCACAGAGAUGUCAUUACGCAUGUAGCAUGUACUAAGACAGAUUUUAUCAUAACAGCCAGUCAUGAUGGACAUGUAAAAUUCUGGAAAAAAAUAGAAGAAGGGAUUGAAUUCGUUAAACACUUCCGGAGUCACCUAGGUGUUAUUGAGAGUAUUGCCAUUAGUUCAGAGGGAGCAUUAUUCUGUUCAGUUGGAGAUGACAAAGCAAUGAAGGUGUUUGAUGUGGUCAACUUUGAUAUGAUCAACAUGCUGAAACUUGGCUACUAUCCAGGCCAAUGUGAAUGGGUGUAUUGCCCUGGAGAUGCCGUAUCUUCUGUUGCAACAUCUGAGAAGAGCACAGGAAAAAUAUUCAUAUAUGAUGGACGAGGAAAUAACCAGCCACUUCAUGUGUUUGAUAAACUCCAUACAUCUCCUCUUACUCAGAUACGACUGAACCCUGUCUACAAAGUAGUAGUGUCUUCUGACAAAUCUGGAAUGAUUGAGUACUGGACUGGUACUCCUCAUGAAUAUAAAUUUCCCAAGAAUGUGAACUGGGAGUAUAAAACAGAUACCGAUCUAUAUGAAUUUGCUAAAUGCAAGGCUUACCCAUCCAGUUUAAGUUUUUCACCUGAUGGCAAGAAAAUGGCCACUCUUGGGUCUGACAGAAAAGUUAGAAUUUUCCGUUUUCUGACUGGGAAGCUCAUGAGGGUCUUCGAUGAAUCUCUGAGUAUGUUUACUGAACUUCAGCAGAUGAGACAACAACUACCAGACAUGGAGUUUGGCCGACGUAUGGCAGUUGAGCGUGAGCUGGAGAAAGUGGAUGCAGUAAGAUUAAUUAAUAUAAUUUUUGAUGAAACUGGACACUUCGUUCUGUAUGGAACAAUGUUGGGCAUUAAGGUCAUAAAUGUCGAGACUAACAGGUGUAUUCGUAUCUUGGGAAAACAAGAGAACAUCAGAGUGAUGCAGCUAGCAUUGUUCCAAGGAGUAGCAAAGAAACAUCGUGCUGCAAUCACUAUAGAGAUGAAGGCAUCUGAAAAUCCCGUUCUCCAGAAUAUCCAGGCAGAUCCUACAGUAAUCUGCACUGCUUUUAAAAAAAACAGGUUUUAUAUGUUUACUAAACGUGAACCAGAAGAUACAAAGAGUGCAGAUUCUGACAGAGAUGUAUUUAAUGAGAAACCUUCCAAAGAAGAGGUCAUGGCAGCCACUCAGGCUGAAGGUCCCAAAAGAGUUUCAGACAGUGCCAUUAUCCACACAAGCAUGGGAGAUAUUCAUAUCAAGCUUUUUCCUGUUGAGUGCCCCAAAACAGUGGAAAACUUCUGUGUACACAGCAGAAAUGGUUAUUACAAUGGACACAUAUUUCACCGUAUCAUCAAGGGUUUCAUGAUUCAGACUGGUGACCCAACUGGUACAGGAAUGGGAGGUGAAAGUAUUUGGGGAGGAGAAUUUGAAGAUGAGUUUCAUUCAACUUUACGACACGACAGACCAUAUACUCUCAGCAUGGCUAAUGCAGGACCAAAUACUAAUGGAUCUCAGUUUUUUGUAACAGUGGUUCCAACUCCAUGGCUAGACAACAAGCACAGUGUGUUUGGACGGGUGACUAAAGGAAUGGAAGUUGUUCAGAGAAUCUCAAAUGUAAAAGUCAAUCCCAAAACUGACAAGCCCUAUGAGGAUAUCAGCAUCAUUAAUAUCACAGUGAAGUAAGAAAGGAGGUGAAGGUUCCAGCUUCCAGUGGACAAAAACUAAAGCUCAGUUCCAGAAAAAGCUUGGCACCAUAGGACCCUAAGAAGGACCUAUAAAGAACAAAACCAUUUUUGAUAAUUUCUAGAUAUAAGAAUUGCCAGGACAGAACAAUCACUAGUUGUACUAUUUUUAAUGUACCUAAAGUGCCCUAACAUUGUAUUUCCAGUAAUUUUGUAUUUUAAA